AUGUCCGACAGAUCAGGCUCGCCCGACGAGGGCUCAGGCGACGAGAUCCGGCCGCACGGCGAGCACGACUCAUCCGAGGAGUCCGAGGAUGAUCCCGAGGAGGCCCGCCGGAUCGCCGAGGGCUUCAUCGUCGAAGGCGAGGACGACGAUGAUGACGGGGAUGUAGACGGUGAUGGCAAGAAGGAGACCAAGGAGGAGCGGCGAGCGAGAAAGAAGGCGGAGAAGCGGAAUAAACGGCGUCAGAAGCGCAAGGAACGAGGGGCGGAGCUCAGUGAGGAUGAACUGGAACUCAUCAAUGAGAACCGGGGAAUCGGGGGGCCUAGCACGUCGCGGCCCCUGAAGCGGCUGAGGAGGCGUUCAGGGAGCGAGGGUGAUGAUGAUGAGCCGAGACUGGAUCUACGGAAUAUGUUUGCGGACGACGAGGAGAGGCUGGAUGAGGAUGAUGAUGACCUCGGAGACUUCAUCGAGGAGGAUGAGGAGGCGGCACCUCCGGGGGAGACGGAGGAUCAGCGGAGGCAGAGGAAGAGGGAGGAGAAGGCGAUCAGGCGCGAACAGGCCAAGCGCCGCCCGGAUGUCGCUGGGGUGGAUAAGGGGUCAUGGGACGAGAUCUUCGAGGUAUUCGGCGCGGGAGAAGACUAUGACUGGGCGCUGGAGGGAGAGGACGGUCAGCAGGACCCGGACGAUAUCGACCCUGCCAAGAAGGAUCUUCGGUUGGAGGAUGUCUUUGACCCGUCCGAAAUCAAAGCACGGCGGCUGCAGGACGAGGACAAGACCAUCGCCUCCCUCGACCGGCCGGAACGGCAUCAACUCAUGAACUCCACCCUCUCUGAUAAUCCCGUCAUCGCCCCCGACUCCCUCUAUCCCCCACCCGAUCUCGCCGCCGGUUACGCGCACAACAAGAUAUCCACUCGGACCCAGUACAUCUUCUGCGGGAUGCAUCAGGACGGUUCUUACCCCUCCAUGUACGAACAGGCGCCGUACCGCCGUCCGGACCUCUCUGCCGAGUUCAUCAAGGCCGUAUCGACCGCGCUCAACAUGAUGUUCGUCCAACAUCUCGAGGUGCCUUAUAUCUGGCACUACAAGCGGGAUGUCAUCAGUCUGCUGGAGAAUGAGGGGCAGAGCUCGGUACAGUUCUUGGAGAGGGACGAGCUCUGGUCACUCUACAACCUGGGCAUCAAGUUCCGGGCGGUAUACGAGCGGACGCAGCAGGUGCGGGAGACAUGGCGGAAGAUACAGGAAAGGCGGCCAGAGGUGGAAGAUCAGUACCUCACCCAGACACUGCUGGAGUCGGUGUGUAUGCUGGGCAUCGAGUCGGCCGCGGAGGGCAUCGAGUGGUUGGCGUACCACUACGCACGGGUUAUCAGGGAGAUCAAGGAGGAAGAGGCGGUAGCGGAGGGAUCGAAGCGAUUACCGGAACGGAUGGCCCAGGACGAUCUCCGCGUCGGACCGAUCAUGACCCUCGUCAAGGCGUUUGGGAUCCACGUGCCUACGGUGGCGGUCAGCUUCAACGACUCGGACGGGGUGGUGCGUCCACCGCAGGAUGCCGAUCAGGCGCCGCUGGAUCUCGCGGAGGAGUUUGCGGGGACUGGGACGCCGUUCUUGAGUGGAGGAGAUGCGUUGAAGGCUGCGAGUUCACUCAUUGUCAGCGAGUUUGCAAAAGAUCCGACGAUCCGACUUCAAGCGCGAGAGUUCGUCAAGGAAUGCGCAGACGUGACGAUCAACCCAACCGAUAGGGGUAUGACCGUUAUCGACCUAUGGCAUACCUACUACACCUUCAAGUUCCUCACCAACAAACCCGCCAACAGCUUCGCUGGAUCCCCACAAUGGCUCCACAUCCUGAAAGCGGAAGAAGAAGGGCUCAUCACUAUCUCCAUCAACGUCGCCGAUGCGCAAGUCGACGCAUUCUCGGGCGCGCUCGAGCGGUGCUGCGUCUCGACCGACUACGGGGAGAUUGCAUCAAGCUGGAACGAGUUACGGAAGGAGGUGUGCCGGGAUGUGGUCAAGAAUCACUUGAUACCUAUGGGGAGCAAGUGGGUGAAGGAGUAUCUGAAGGGUCAGGCGGAGGACUAUGUGGCGGAGCAUUGCAGGCGGGAGCUAGAAUUUAGAAUCAACGUCAAGCCAUACUGCGGACCCAACAUGGAGUCAGGCGACACCCCCUCCGUCCUCGCGCUCACCAACGGCCAAGGCGAUAUCCGGGACGCCGUGAUCGCCAUCAUGCUAGACGACAAUGGUGUCAUCUUGACCCAAACGAAAUUCGACAAUCUCAAGGACGAAGAUGACCGCGAGGCAUUCAUGGAGCUCAUUGAGCGCCGUAAACCCAAAGUCUGCGCCAUCGGCGGUCUCUCCGCCCAGACCCACCGGCUCAAAGAGGAGGUGACGAGCGUUCUCCGGGAAAUCGCCGUCAACCUCUCUGGCGAGAAUCCACCUGUAUCCGACACGUUCCCGAGCCACGAGGAGUUCACCCAGGCGCUGAGUCACUUUGAUGAGCGCAUCCGGCCGUUCAGUACGCCGUUGAUCAUGCCGAAUGACGCGACGGCGAGGAUGUAUAUGAGCAGCGAGGAGGCGGGGAAGGAGCAUCCGGGCUUGCCGCUGAAUGGGCGGUAUGCUUUGGCGUUGGCGAGGUUUGUGCAAAACCCGCUGAAUGCGUAUGCGAAGCUGGGGAGGAGGAUGUUGGAUAUCACGUUCUUCGAGUAUCAUCAGAAACUGAUCUCACAAGAGAAGCUGUUGAUCCACCUGGAACGGGCGCUGGUCAACUCGGUUUGCGCCAUGGGUAUUGAGAUCAACUCGUGUGUCGCGGACGCGUACCAGCGGUCCAUGCUGCCAUUCAUCUCUGGUCUGGGGCCAAGGAAGGCGGACUCUUUGGUACAUGCUGUCGGGAGAGCGGGUACCCUUCUCAACCGACUGCAAUUCUCCGAAUCCGGCCUCUUCGGUCCUACCAUCUUCGAAAACGUCGCCGGGUUCCUCUCGAUCGAGUCGGACCUCGACAACCUCAUUCUGGAGGAGGCCAACCCGCAGGAACAGGCCGAUCCGCUCGACUGUACCCGUAUCCACCCGGAAGACUACGAAUUCGCGCAGAAAAUGUGCCAAGAUGCCCUCGACCUCGACGUCGAGGAUGUCGAGGGGCAGCACAAAUCCGAGGUGGUCCAAAAACUCAUGACGGACAAUGACCGGUCGCGGAAACUGUCGGAGCUCAACCUCGACGACUUUGCGUACAACCUCCAACGUCAAGGAGAGGGCAACAAGCGGCACGCGCUCGGCGAGAUUGUCAAUGAGCUCAUCUCAUAUCGGUCGGACCGGCGGCCGCCGUUCUACGAGCCCUCGCCGUGGGAGGUAGUGACGAUGCUCACGGGCGAGACGGAGCGGUCUAUCGGUCGCGGUCUGCGCGUCUCGGCUACGGUCCGCAAGGCUCUCCAGAGCCGGGCGUUCUGUUCCCUCGAAUCGGGGAUCGACGCCAUCAUUGAGCGGGAGUACGUCGCAGAUGACCAGGAGAUUGCGUCGUGCGAGGACGUCCUCAAACCCCGUCAAAACCUCAACGCGGUCGUCAUCAAUGUCGAACCCCAGCGGUUCCAAGUCCGGAUCUCUAUCCGGCCCUCGGACCUCUCCCAGUCGGUCCCAUUCGUCCAGCCGUUCGCGAGUGAUCCGUUUAACGACGACGCAAAGCGGGUACGACUCGAAACGGCCGCGGCUGCUAAGAAGAUGCGGCAGCAGGGCAAGGCGAAGCGCGUGAUCAAUCACCCGAAUUGGCACGUCAUGAACUCGGGUCAGGCGGAGCAGUUCCUCGCUACCCAGCCGAGAGGGGAGGUGGUUAUCCGUCCGAGCUCAAAGGGCGCGGAUCACCUCGCGAUGACGUUCAAGCUGGACGAAAAGGUGUACCAGCACGUGGAUAUCCAGGAGAUUGAUAAGCCGAACGAGUAUGCUUUGGGGCGGAUGCUGCGGAUAGCUGGGAAAUACAGCUUUACGGAUCUGGACGACGUGAUUGUCAAUUAUGCCAAUGCGAUCAUGAGGAUGUUGGAGGAGGCGGAACGGUCGGAAAAGUUCAAGCCGGCAGAUCAGAUCGAAUCAUUCCUCAAAAACACCCUCCUCGCAUUCCCCAAUCGAUCCAUGUACGCCUUUUGCCUCGACCACGAUCACCCGGGCUACCUCUCCCUCCUCUUCCUAAACAAAGCGACCAAGGACGGCGGUGUCAUCUCCACAUGGCCCGUCCGUCUCCUUCCUGGCGCGUACUCCCUUUACAAUGCCGAAGUACCGGGAAUGAAUGAGCUGUGUAAUGCGUUCAAGACGCAGUACUCGAAUCGGCUGGCGGAAGGUGGGGCGGGCGGCAAGACGCCGGGUAUCCGGGCAGGGAGGACCCCGGCGCACGGUGGGCGCACGCCAGGUGGACGGACGCCGGCUGUAGGGGGUGCGACGCCGUUUGGAGCGGGUAUGGGAAGGACGCCGGCGCAGGGAGGGGCGACGCCCGGCGGGUACCCUAAUGGUUAUGCGGCUGGAUAUCCCCCGCAGCAGCCUCAACAGGCCGGGUUUGGGGGAAGAUAUGGGAUGCCGCCGCAGAAUGGGGCGAUGCCGCCUCCGGGGAGACCAGGUGGGGUAGGGAUGAAUCCUGAGCGGGCCGCGAUGCUGGGUCGGCAAGGCGGGAGAUGA